AUGAACUUGCUCUUCUGGUUAUGUGCCCUUUCAUCUGCCCACUGCCGACAGAACUUCGUUGCUAAACACCUCGACAUGGAGUCUGAUCAGAUUGGACGAUUCACCGACCGAUUUCUUCGACCCGAUGGAGUGUUCCUUUUACAGAUGAUAGCUAGUCAUGCUGGCAAUCUCACUUGCGCGAAGGUUACGGAGGCGCUUUGGCUGAUGUUUCUCCGGAGGAGUGGGAAGCCGGUUCUAGACGAGAAAGUCGAGAGUUCCGAACGAGGGGAAUGGGAGAGUAAUGACGAAUCCGGUCGAAAGGAGUCGAUUCCUCGACGAGAGUCAUGGCAUGAACCGCCACUGCCGCCUCCAAUGCCACAGCUGCCAAUUCGCUCACAUUACGUCUGA